AUGCCUCCAACAUUCCGCCUCCGUCCAGGAACCGCCUCGGAUCUCCCCCACGCGGUGCGUCUAUACGACGCCUGUCUCGGAUCAGACAAGCUAGUCGCGCUGCUAUUUCCCCGCAAGGAGGAGGAUCCGGAGUCUUACAAAAAGUACCUCUAUCGACUGUACGCGAAGCGGUACUGGUCCGUCGAAUGGACGUUUACCUUUGUCGUCAAGGAAGAGGCAGGGCAAGGUGAAGAUGACGGCGAGAAGGAAGAAGAUGCCAUUGUCGGGUUUUCGUGCUGGAAGAGGCCCAGCGCGGACGUCAGUUUCCGAGAACGAUGGUUUACUCUCUUCUCCUGGAUAGCUCCCCUCGUUCGCACAUUCAUAUCCCUCCAAGACACCCUCUCCCCAUUAAACAUCGACUCCCACGCCGCCCACGCCUUCGAUCGCGUCUUCCCACCCAUCGAAAAGACGCUCUUCGCGGACAAGAACCGCGCCGAGUGGUGGUACCUCAGCACACUCGCCGUGCACCCUUCUGUCCAGGGCAUCGGGCUCGGCGCUCUGCUCAUGGCCGAGGGGCUCACCAGGGCGGACGAGGGAAAGGUCUGGCUCAUCGGGCUCAGGGGCACGGAUGCGUUUUACUCGAGAUUUGGCUUUGUUGAGGUGGGGAGGGCGAAUGUGGGAGACUUGAGCGAGUGGGAUGGCGGCAUCGUCAUGUUCCGAGAGUGA